AUGUUAGCAAAGAAUAGAUCCAUUCUCUCAAGUGACAUCGACAAGUUUCAACGUUGGGCAGAACACUUUGUAGAAGUGUCUAAUUGUUGCUCAUCAAGCUGCCAGUUGGAUACUGAUGCACUACCCGACAUCAUUGCUGCCACACCAUCUUACAGAGAACUAUUCCCAGAUGAUGAAAACUUGUCCCAGCCCAUAUCUGAAGAUGAGAUUCCGGUAGCUAUCGCACAGCUCAGAGAUGGUAAGGCUCCAGGAGAUGAUGGCAUAUCUGCUCAGUUGCUGAAGUUGGGAGGAGGCAAAACCAUCUGCUGGCUCACUUCACUGUUCAACUUCAUCUGGAGCAGCGAGAGUAUCCCCUCAGAUUGGUUGAACCACCUCAUUGUCCCUCUUCACAAGAAGGGAAGUCGUUCCGAGUGCGACAACUAUAGAGGCAUUGCCCUCUUGAGCAUCCCCAGCAAGGUUUUUACUCAUGUUAUACUGAACAGGAUCAACCCAGAGCGGAGGCCCUCUUGCGUGAGAACCAGUGUGGUUUCCGCAAGGACAGAGGGUGCACCGACCAACUCUUUUCUCUCAGGGUGUUGA